CCCCGCCCCGGGAUCAAGCCGGAGGGGUGAUUGGGGACCCUCCCCGCCUUGAGUCUCGGGGAAGGUGAAGCCUAGCUUUCCUCCUGGGCGAGGGAGGAGGGUGGGCAGGAAGCUCAGCCCAGCGCUGGGGAAAGAAAGACUGCCAUUCCCAGCCCCCCGCCCCGCGGGGCGCGGGGCGCCGGCGGCGCAUGCGCGAGGCCCGGCCCCCAAUUCCCCGAGCGAAGGAGGGAGGCCCCCGGCGGCCCGAACUGCGAGCCGCGGCGGGACCGAGCGCACGCAGGGGCGCGCCGGUGGCCGGGCUGGACGGGCUGCGGAGGCGCCGGUCGUGAGCACGCGAGGUCAAGGGCCGGACGGCCGCCGGAGGGCACAGCGCUCCCGGUGCGGGGAGGGACCCGCCACCCGCGGCCCCCCACGCGGGGACAGCGAUGCGGUGCGCCCAGAGGUCCCGGUAGCCUCGGAUCUGCGGCGGUGAUGGAUGAGCCGUGGUGGGAAGGGCGCGUCGCCUCGGACGUCCACUGUACCCUACGCGAAAAGGAACUGAAGCUGCCUACCUUCCGCGCCCACUCCCCGCUCCUGAAGAGCCGUCGGUUCUUUGUAGACAUUCUGACCCUGCUGAGCAAACACUGCCAUCUGUGCCCCUCAGCCCGGCACCUGGCCAUCUACCUGCUGGACCACUUCAUGGACCAAUACAACAUCACCACCUCCAAGCAGCUGUAUACUGUGGCCGUCUCCUGCCUCCUGCUGGCAAGUAAGUUUGAGGACAGAGAAGACCGUGUGCCCAAAUUGGAGCAGAUAAACAGUACGAGGAUCCUGAGCAGCCAAAACUUUUCCCUCACUAAGAAGGAGCUGCUGGCCACAGAACUUCUGCUCCUGGAGGCUUUCAGCUGGGACCUCUGCCUGCCCACACCUGCCCACUUUCUGGACUACUACCUCUUGGCCUCCAUCAGCCAGAAGGACCACCACUGCCACACCUGGCCCACCACCUGCCUCCGAAAGACCAAAGAGUGCCUGAAGGAGUAUGCCCACUACUUCCUGGAAGUUACCCUGCAAGAUCAUAUCUUUUACAAAUUCCAGCCUUCUGUGGUCGCUGCAGCCUGUGUUGGGGCCUCCAGGAUCUGCCUUCAGCUUUCUCCCUACUGGACCAGAGACUUGCAAAGGGUCUCAAGCUACUCCCUGGAGCAUCUCAGCACAUGUAUCGAAAUCCUGCUGGUAGCAUAUGACAAUGUCCUCAAGGAUGCAGUUACAGUCAAGAGCCAGGCAUUGGCCAUGGUGCCUGGCACAUCACCAGCUCCCACCCAAGUGCUGUUCCAGCCGCCCGCCUACCCUGCGCUCAGCCAACCACCGCCAACACUAGCCCAGUUCCAGAGUCCAGCGCAGGACUUGUGCUUGGCUUAUCGGGACUCAUUACAGGCCCAUCGCUCAGGAACCCUGCUCUCAGGAGACACUGGUCCAUCCCUCCACACCCCAUACCCAACCCUCCAACCCUUGGAUAUGUGUCCUGUGCCCGUCCCUGCAUCCCUUAGCAUGCAGAUGGCCAUUGCAGCUGAACCCAGGCACUGUCUUACAGCCACCUACGGAAGCAGCUACUUCAGCGGGAGCCAUAUGUUCCCCACAGGUUGUUUUGACAGCUAGGCCACAUUUGGACCACAUGGAGAACCCUGGAAGACCCAGACCGAAGAAGUGAGCACCUAAGAGGGAGAGUUCAGCCAGGUGAGGCAGAGAACCUAGUACCCUUCAAUAGUGAGGGUCUGUGUGCUUUAAACAAACAAACAACCCAGAGCCAACAUCCAGGGACAUACCUCACCCAACAGCAUCUCUCUGGGAACCUCUUCCACGAGUGCCUGGAGGACAAAGACGUGACCGUGGCCAUUCACUCCCUUGAGUUGGGGGAUCCAGUGGAGCACAUCAGACCUGAUGAGAGGCUUGGACAUUGAGGACUGCAUAGAGAUCAGUAGCACAUCUGGACUUUUCAAAGACUACUUUUCACAGCUUUGCCACUGAAAAAGAAAGGGCAGUUGGGCGGUGGAGGCACAUGCCUUUCAUCCAAGCACUCAGGAAGCAGAGGCAGGCAGAUCUUUGUGAGUUCGAGGCCAGCCUGCUCUACAGAGCAAGUUCCAAGACAGCCAGGGUUACACAGAGAAACCCUGUCUGGAAAAACAAACAAACAAAAGCAAAGAAAAAGAAAGAAGUGGCACCUGGCAUAUCCUCUGUGUCUCUAGAAGAUCCAUCCUGAGUGUGUUUCCCUCCUUAGCUCCACACCAAGGGCCCCAUUCCCCAUGUUUAUGCCUGAGCACUGGCCCCUUGAGGCACAGUGGCUAUCUUGCCCUUUUGUUUUUGAACCCCAAACCUUGUUUGUCCUUCUCGAGAUUUCACAUGCUGCUGCUGCUUCCUGGAACAAUCUAGCUCUCUAUCCUGCAAAAAAAAAAAAAAAAACAUCUUGUUUACAUACUGUGUCAGGGAUUUUGUGAUACUUGAAAAUUCCGUAGGAGAAAAAAAGUUUGAAUUGCCACACUGUCUGUCCCAUGUUGAGGCUGUAUCUUUUAUGAACCCAGCUUGUGAGCAACUGGUGGGUAAGAACAGCAGGGAGAGAGAGCACCUCCCAGGCUCGUGGCUCUGAAGAGUCAGCCCCUGGGGUGCUAGGCUUCACCUGCUGAACUUGGAUCACGGCCCCCUGGUGGGGGGCCGUUGUGGAAAGGAAGACAAAGGUUUGAACCGCUGGGUCCUCACUUCCCUCCACCACACACAGGCUUGUAGUGCUGAGGGUGAACCGCCCCCAGCUUUGUUUGAGUUUGGCCCAAUAGUAAAGGGUAAUAAUACUGUGGAAUAUUUGAGAAGUAGGGGGGAUGAACGUGGUCUAUGACACCAGCAUUGGCAGGCAAGGGAUGGCUGGAGCAAAAGCCGGUGUCUGGGGAUCUGCAGUGGGAGGGCUCAGGAAGACUCACCAUGUGCAAUAUGUUAGGACUGACUCAUACAUAGCCUGUGCUUAGGAUGUUCUUGUGGUUGGUUUUGUUUUGUGUCAGGGGACAUGCUGUUCACCCAUCAGAAUUGGGAGGGAGGUGCAAAAGACCACAAAAACAAAUUUUAGUUUUCUUUUUGAAAAGAUUGUGUCUUGGUUUUUUUUUUAUUAUUAUUAUUAUUAUUAUUAUUUUGAUUUUCUUUUUUCUUUCUUUGGCGGCGGGGGCUGGGGGGAGGUUCCUUUAAUUUUGAGACAGGUCUAAUGUAGCUAAGGCUAGCCUCAAACUUAGUACAUAGCCAAGGCUGGCCUUGAACUCCUGAUCCUCGUGCUUCAGCUUACCCUGUAUGCCAUGACACCUUGCCUCCCAUCUUGGUUCUCUUUGACUCGCUUGCCAAGCCAAGAGACCAUAGCAGGGACUGCCAGGGAGGCAGCCACAGGCUGCUGAGUCGGAUAUGACAGGGAUGGGACUUUUCUGAGCCGAUGAAUGUCUCACGGGAAGUGAAUAAGGAAAGAGCUGGAUGCAGAUGAGGCGCUGCCGUUUUGUCAGUUAGCAUAGGAACCUGCACGUUUGUUUGUUAUUUUUUUUUGUGUGUUUUUGGCUCCCACCCCUUCACCCCCAUUACCAGCCUCUUUGUAUUCAUGUGCAACUGGUUUGGAGUUACUGUAUCUGUCUGUUCUGGGCUGGGGCUUAUGAGAAACAUCUCCACUGGGGCCCCAGAGCUAGCCUGAUUCCCAGGCCCAGGUGUCCUGCAAUAAAUACAUCACCUGCU